AUGGAACAGAACGACUUUGAUGCUAAAGCAUCGUCGCUCCGUGUGGGGCAGAAACCCAGACAUACGAGGGAUUAUGGCAGCAUUACCACAGACAAUCAACAAGGCAUAUUGCUAAGACGUCGACGCAAAGCGAUUGCAGUUUUUGAAAGAGACAUGCUUGCAACUUUUGAAUCGAGCCAAAGACAAGCGGCAAAACGAUUUCUGAAUAACUUGAAGAGAAGCGAAACGCUUUUAAAGGAACACGAAUCGACGAAACGGACACUUUUUGCAAGGCAUUCUCAAAAUUCGUCUGGAUGUCCCGGAAUUGAAGGCGUAAGGAGUAAAAGUCGCCCUUUGAGUUUUUCUGAAAGCACUUUGACCGAAAUGUCAAAUACACCUGAAUGUAACAAAGUCGACCAGAACAGAGCUUUUUCUGGAAAAUUAAAAGAAAUAAAUGAUAGAAUCGAUGUGCCUUAUAUAAAACUUAGCUCUUAUACAAAAGAAGACUUGAAGCGACCGUCCACUUCGCUCGAAUUGAAGCGUAAAGCUUGGGAAAAAGUCAGCAAACAUUUAGACGAAGCUCGUUCGUUGCGUCCUUGCAGCGCAGACUUUAUCGCGAAAUGCGAAGGAAGCGUUCCGAGAAACGUGCGUGAAGCGCACAAGAAACUUCGCGAGCUCACGAAAGUUCGACUUCUUUCCCAACUGCCGCCCGCGCCGCCGCGGAUCGACGUACAUAAAGUUCAGGAGGAGCGGAGAGUCUCGGAACGGAUUGAAAAACAAGUUGUAGGGGAGUUUUGCCAGUCGUUAGAUGAACUCAAAGUCGUUCUACCGCGAAAAUCUUGCUGGAUGGAUGUAAACGAGAUUUAUUUGAAAAAUGCAGAAGUACAGAAAAGACAUGGGGUUGAAUCUCGGAGGAAUGAUUUGAACGUUUGGCAGAAUUUGCCAAGCGGAAAGAGAGAAACGGUGCAGGCUGAUAUAAAAACAAGAAGACGUCGAAAAGGACAAUAA